AUGAAGGACCGGCAGGCGGCUGACAACUGCAGACGCUUCGGCUACUUCAUCCAGGGCCUGGAGCCAGAGUACUGGUGGUGGGACAUUCUUGUCAAGAGGAUUGAUGUGGGACUGAUGAUGCUCGUUACCUACACGUCAGCGGUGCAGGAUCCGGCAACAAAGCUGCUGCUCUUUCCUGUUCUCUCCGGUUUUCAGGCUGUCGUGGCUGCCUGGGUGAAACCCUAUGCAAACGACCAGGCAGAGGUCCUCGACUUCGUCGAGGUGACUUUGGCAUUCAUCCGAUUCCUCCUGUUCAGUUCAGUUGCUGCCUUGAUGCUUCUGAACCCUGCGACCGAGAUCACUACAAGGCGCGCAGGACCCUAA